AUGGUGCUUUGGUCCAGUGGAAUCAGCGGUCGAGGCCGCAUCUUGUCCUCGAAAAGAACCUUCAUCAGCGGAUCGCUCUUAAUGCUCAUCCUAUUCUACUAUGUGGCCCUCCCCAACCCACAGGCCGGUAGUCUUGAUGACCGCACUGCCUUCCAGGCCGAGAGUGCGUUCCGCAAGAACAAGAAGGGGAGUGCUUUGGCGGAUGAUACCGAGAUCAUGAUGCCGUUGCCUGCUCGUGAGGAAGGACCCGUCAAGACCUUCCCAUGGUUGAACUCUUUUGUUGAACGUGUCAAGUUGGAUAGACGGUUGCCUGUGAUGGAUUAUCUUCGGGGCGAAAAGGAGAUGUCGGCGGAGGCCAGUAGUGUCUCGACAGCUGACUGUCACCAAGAGAACGGCGCGUCAGACACAUGCCUCACCCCCUCGACGUCUACUGCCCGAUCCACGACCGAAAUGGACAUGCUAGUUGGUCGUGAUCCUCUGACAGCUGGCCCUUACGAGGACGCGCUUUUGGAGUCCAAGUCUGCGCAGCCCAAGGUCACGGAGGAUGACGAAGGAAAUAUCAUUGAUGAUACGCCCAAGGCGACCACUGUUGAGGAUGAUGUUGCCACGUCGACGAAUGAUGACUGGUCUGACGAGAAGGAGGCCGAGUCGAUCCAAGAGGAGGACGACGAGCAGGGAUCAGAGAAGGAAGAUGGUACCGAGCAAGGGCUGUUGAAACAACUCGAAGAGGUUGGAGCCAUUUCCGAGAUCGAAACCGAGGCCAAGGCUCGCGUUGAGGAAGCCGAGGAAGUCCUUGAGGAUGCGAUGGAGGAAUUACGUGAGGAACGCGAGGAAGAGAUUUUGAACGAGGAGGCUGAGGAAGAGAUCCGAGAUAGGAUUGAAGAGGCUGAGAAAGCGAGUGGUGAGGCAUUGACGGAUGAGAUGGUGAAGAUGACCGAAGAUGAGGUUGUUGCGGAGGAGGAGGAGGCUGGUCUUGAUGAGAAUAUGCAUCGGUAUGUUGAGACGCUUUUCCAGGGGGAUAAGAGUUCUGAGGCAGAAGUUGAAGCUGAGCCAGAGUACAGUAAAGAGGAUCUGUUGGGCCAAGCUGGUUCUGGAGAGACCAUGAACGAUGAAGAAUAG